AUGAAGGUCCGCAAUCUUGCCCCCUUGGCUGCUGCGAUCGCCCCGUCGCUCGCCUGCCUCCAUUCCGCUGGGUCAGUCCUCUUCCCCUCCAGCGGACCGGUGCUGCAGACGGCGUACAUCGUCGACGACGGGCGCAGCGUUUGCGACUCAGGCCGCGGGCAUUGGGUCGAGGGGAGCCAGUGGCGCAUCAGCUGCAUCGGCGGCUACGGCAUGAGGAUCGCGACCGACGGCGUCGACGUGUGGUACGACACUCCGCAUGGAAGCUUUCGGUGGCAGCACACUGGCGGGCGAUCCGACAGCGCCUUUGCUUGGGAUAACUGGAAGUUUUGCUAG